UGAAAAUAAAAUUGGUGUCGAAGGUGCAUCAGGCUUAGGUUCUGGUUUAGGAAAGUGCACUAAUCUCUCAAAUUUGACACUUAAUCUUAAUUACAAUAAAAUUGGUGACAAAGGUGCAUCAGGCUUAGGUUCUGGUUUAGGAAAGUGCACUAAUCUCUCAGAUUUGACACUUUAUCUUCGGUAUAAACA